CACAGCCCUCUGGCUCACAAGGAUAAAGCAGCCUCUCAAAGGAAGACAGAGAAAAGCAACACAAGGACUUUUCCCUCUUUUUUUGGGGCAUCCUCUGUUGUCUUUCUUCCUGCUACAUUCUCUCGCUAGCCAGCAGCUGCUGGUGUCUGUAUUUUGCGUCCUUCUGUCGUUCUCUUUUGUUCCCUCCAUCCAUCUGUGUUUCACCUCAGUCCAGAAAGAAGGAAGGAAGAGCAGAGUCAGAGGCAUCAUCCUCCCCUCCUGUACGCCCGGCCGGUGGUGGGUGCUGAUGCUGUAACCACUGUGUGGAGCUGACAAGCCCUGGUUGAUGCAGUGAAGUGUUCCAGAGGGAUAAACACAAGCGAAGGGGGCUCAUGGGAAACCUCCUGAAAGUGCUGGCUUGCGCCGAACUUGAGCAUGGCCCAAUAGUUUUCCUUGACUUUGAACAUGCCCAGCCCACAGAGGCAGAGACAGCCGUGUGGAACCAGGUCAGCGCUGUGCUGGAGGAGGCUCAUGGGAUCCUAGCCGAGCUGCAGUCUUAUAAUGGCGCGGGCCAAGAGAUACGAGAAGCCAUCCAGAACCCAGGUGACCUAGCUCUUCAGGAGAAGGCCUGGAACGCAGUCUGCCCCCUGGUGGCUAAACUGAAGAGGUUCUACGAGUUUUCCCUCAGACUGGAGAACGCCUUGCGCAGCCUGCUGGAGGCGCUGACCAGCCCGCCGUACGCUCCCAUGCAGCACCUGGAGAGAGAGCAGGCCCUGGCCAAACAGUUUGCUGAGAUCCUUCAUUUUACACUCAGCUUUGAUGAACUAAAGAUGACAAACCCAGCCAUUCAGAAUGACUUUAGCUACUACAGGAGGACUAUAAGCAGGAACAGGCUGAACAACCAGCAGCUGGAAGCGGAGAACGAGGUUAACAAUGAGAUGGCUAAUCGGAUGUCCCUGUUCUAUGCUGAAGCAACACCAAUGCUGAAGACUCUGAGCAACGCCACCACCAAGUUUGUUUCAGAGAAUAAGACCUUGCCCAUCGAGGACACCACAGACUGUCUGAGCACCAUGGCCUGUGUGUGCCGUGUCAUGCUGGAGACUCCGGAGUACCGCUGUCGGUUCACCAACACAGACACCAUGCUGUUCUGCAUGAGGGUGAUGGUGGGAGUCAUCAUUCUCUAUGACCACGUUCACCCUGUCGGAGCUUUUGCCAAGACCUCCAAAAUCGAUAUGAAGGGCUGCAUCAAGGUACUGAAAGAGCAACCGUCCAACAGUGUGGAGGGACUUCUGAACGCACUGAGGUACACGACACGGCAUCUAAAUGAUGACAGCACCUCCAAACAAAUCAGGGCCCUGCUGCAAUGAGAAAGAGGAGAGUGGUGGAGAGAGAGGGAGGAAAGAAGGAGUGCACUUGAAGGAGGAGAAAAGCGAAGAGGAAACAAAUGCCAGUGGCUGAUAAACCUGUUUGUUUACAACGAACAAAGAAAAUCAUCUCCAGGUUAAGUGAAACCUGAUGAUAACAAGAAGAGGAAAAUAAUUAUAUAUAUUGUCAGCUGUCCAUCAUUCUGUCUCUCAUUUUGUAAAGUAAGGAAAGAGAAAAGCCAGAAAAGAAAAUAUAGAUAUAUAUUAAAACAAGUGAAACACAAGCAGCAGAUGAAAAUACGUAGGAUUAAAGAGAAGCUAUAUUGCAAAAUUUAAGGUCAGAACGAAGCAAACUGAAAAUGUACAAAAAAAAAGGGUUCAUGUUCCAGCAGUAGUCUGACAUGUAUUUUUGCACACACUUUGAAAACAACGCCAUCUCCUGUCCAAUGAAAUCUGAUCGCCUUUUGCUCUCCUCACACACUCAGUUUAACUAGAGGGUUUUGUAAGCUCUCGAGGUUGCAGAUAUAGCGGUGUGGCUGUCCUCCUUCAGCUGCACUGAUCUCCACCUACAGGUGAUUUAUGAGGCAAUGUGAUGGAUACACUCCGGAGAUUUGCUUCUACCUGUUUUGUUUCUUUUCUGUGUCGGUGCAGCUGAAGGAGAGGCGGCAAGGACUUGAGGAGGUCUUUUUAGGAUGCCUCCAUUUUUGCCCAGAUUUCUUCCUCGUUGCCCAUCACCCUCACGCCUGUUCCCCCCAACCAUCCACCCAUUCACCGGAUAUGUGUUUUUAUUUCCCUGGCACAAAAAAAAAUUCAUCCAUGUUGUGUGUGCCCUUACGCUGUAUGUGUUCCUGCACAAAACAUCUCGUGAUGUUGUCUGGCUUUACUUGAACAAUGUUGUACACUCUUUCUCUCUCUCUCUCUCCAUGGUGCUAAUGUGGUUUAGAUAUCACAGUACUAGCUUGUUAGAUAUCAUUUUAAAAUAUGAUAUCCCCCUCGCCCCCUUUUUUUUGCUCUAACGUGUUAAACAGCAGAUCCGCUAUCAAAUAUUCUGUGAUUUCACAUUGGUGCACAAACAGGGGACGAAUCAGAUUUUACAUGACCUGUAAGAAACCACAGCACACUUAUUUCUUCACCCAGUGCCAAAGCUGAUUGGUAUUUGCUUUUAUUACAUCAUCAAGCCAGGCUCGAGGAGGGGGUGGGGGUGGUCUAUUCUUGUAAAACAUCACUGAUCAUCAUUUUCAAGUCCAUACGGGGAUGAGAAACUGCCAAGACAACGUACAAUGACACAAACAGGUCAGACAGCGGUCAAAAUUUACACACAUGAGAUCUGAGUGUUCCAGUGUAAAUAUGUGAGGCUUUUCUCAACCGGCAUCAACAUGGUCAGCUUGGGCCCUCGAGGGAAAACACAACAAACUCUGACAUCUGCAUACAACUAGAGUUCUUUCUUUUAGUACGAGGUCGUACGAAGUAAUUAAAUAUGUGGGAAAUAAAAAUGAAAAUAAAAAAGAUUCAAAAGGAGAUUAAAAAGAAGUGCUGUACUUUGGAUGUCUAUAGCCCUUAGUCUAAUUUAAUUUGAUCUUAUAAUAUAUUUUCUAUACAGGGGUAUGUGCACAAGCAUAUUCCGUAUAAAUAUAUAGAUGGCAUGUUGUAAAAGUUCUGACAGAAAUGUGUAAAUAAGGUGUUUUUAUUCAUUUUUAAUUGUUCAGUGAUGCUGAAAUUGGGUAUGUGUUGUCUCUCAGAAUUACCACGCGUUUGGCUUGGACCAUCGGACUUGCCGUAGUCAUAGGUUUCAGAAAUUCAGCUUCAUUAUGGCGAAUGAAUCAGA